AACUUUAUAUCCCAUAUCAAUGGUAAACAACAUGCAACCAUACUUGCAGAUAAACCUCUACCAGCCGUUGAAUGUAAAAAAGUAAUAUCUGAUUUAACCCUGUUUCCAUAUUAUUGUGAUAUAUGUGAUGUAAACUGCAAUCAUCCUUCUUUAUUACAAGUUCAUGUUGAUGGUAUUAAACACAAGAAAUUGGAAGCUGAAAUCAAAAUGAUUGAGAUUAAUGAACCGAUCUUAGUUGAAAAGAAAUCUUCUACUGAUCACAUUGAAUGGUUCUGUUACAAAUGUCAAGUUGACUGCAAGACAUCAGAAAUGCUGAAAAGUCAUGUGAAAGAUUCCAGCCAUACACAGAAGAAAGUACAAGAUAAAAAGGUGAAAGAUCAAGUGGCAGCCCUGAUAAAAGCAACCAAUAGAGUAUCCUUAGUUGAUAGAUUAAAGAAGAGUAUUAUUCCUAAGACUACUGGCAAUAGAAAUCAAUGCUUGCUGUGUAAUGUCUCAGUAUCCGGUGAUACAAUGAUGCAUCGCAGUGGUGAAACCCAUUUGGCAAAUUUAGAUUUUCACCGAAAGCUUGCUAAGUUAAAGAAUUUAUUGCAACAACUUGGCAAUGCCAGGAGUGGUGCCAGUGCUUUAAAGUUGGCUGUUGCGUAUGAAGAACGUCUUUCUUCCGAUGAGUUGGUCCCACCUUGUAAAUUAUGUGACUUACAUGACACGGAUCCUAAGAAUUUUGAAAAACACAUCAAUCAUCAAAAUCAUAAAGAUAUAAAGCAUUUUGUCGAAACUGCAGUGGCUAUCAAGAAAGGAAUUGGUAGUAAAGAUGGUGACAAGAUUAUGGCUGUUAUACAGGAAAAGGAGGAUAAUUUAUUUUUUGAAAAACCAGAAAGUACAAAAUGGUAUUGUUCCAUUUGCAAAGAGCUUAUAAGAUGUCCUUAUGAAAUUCACAACAUUGCUGACAGUAAACAUAAAGGUAACAAGUUUCUUCUGGAAGAGCUGGUCAUUGCUCUGCAGGAUCUUAAACAACUUGACUUUGUAAAAGCUACAAUAAAGAUGGAUCCUGAUGAAGUAAAAAAAGAGACAGUAGUAAUAGAGAAAAAAGAAGAGAUAGAAACAACUGUUAUUAAAAGGAAACUUUUUACAGAAGGGAAGAAGGACGAAUUAUCUAAAUACAAGGUUCCCAAGUUGGGCAAGGAUUCUAAAAGUGAACAACGAAUAAAAUCAGAAUCAGCCAGUGAUAAUGCAAUAGAGUCCAAUAAACCUAAGUCUAUUGGGACUUGUUCCAGUACUUUAGAUGUCUCUAAUGUCAACAAAGAAUUGGGUGAAGACACAACACCUGCUACUGUUGAAGAGCACAUCGAUCUGAGUGAUAUGGAUGAAUUGCUAAUAAUUGAUGAGUUUAUGUCUGAACCGGAUGAGGAAAGAAAUGCCACUGAUGAUUCUAAUAAACAAACUGACGAUGAACAUCUUGAUUUGAACACCAGUGUUGGAAAAGACAACAGUGAUCCUGUUUUAAGAAAGAUUCAAGUGAAAAAGUCUACAACUGAUGAAAUAGAGUCUCAGAGUACAGAUAAUUUUACAACUCCUAAAAAAGAUGCAAUGGAUAAGGACAGCAGAAGUGAUUCAGAGAAAAAGACUUUGGCAUGGCAGGGUAAAUUGACACCACUGGAUGAAGAUAAAAAAGAAGCCACAUUAGAAGCCAAGCAACCAGAUGAAGUGAAGAUUCCAACACAUGACAUUCCUAGCACAGAUGAAAUGAAUUGUCAAAGUAACGAUUUCACAUUAGAGACCAAAAAACAAAAUGAAGAGAAGGAUUCAAUAUGUGACAUUCUUAGCACAGAUGAUACGACACAUCAAAGACAAAAUAAAGAAGCCACAUCAAAAGCUAAACAACAAAAUGAAGAGAAAGAUUCAAUAUGUGACAUUCAGAGCGGAAAGGAACAUCAGAAGCUAAAUAAAGAUGAGAUUAUCAAAAUGAAAAACUGUAAAGUAAUACUUGUAGAUAUUGGUAAAGAUAUCAAAAAGAUGUGUGAAAGUAUCAAACAUGAUGGUGAUGAAGGUGACUUUGGAAAGUAUGUCGAUUUCAGCACCAUGGUGACGGUUGAUGAGAUUGAAGAUGAAGAGGAAGAUUUCAGUGAUGGUGAAGAGUUCAUGGUGAUGGAUGAAGUAGGCAGCAGUGAAGAUGAAACAACUAAGAAAGAAUUCAAGAUGGUGCAGAAAUAUGACAAAAAUAGAGCAAUUG